AUGUUGGGCGAAAAUCACGACCAUAUCUUCCCGGUCGACAUUCGAGACACGCAGACCGUCGGGGACCUUAAAGACUUGAUCAAGGAAAAGAAGAAGCCGGAAUUUGAUGAUAUUGCCGCUCAUAGACUCCAGCUACAGCAGGUCAACCUGCCUGUCGACGAGACGCUCAAAGACUGUCUUGACAAUCUUACACCAGAGCAAUUCUUACCAUCUGUGACUCAAUUGUCCAACCUGUUCGACGAUCGACACAUCAAAGAACGCCUGCAUAUCGUUGUCCAAGUUCAAAAGCCACCUGAGCCUGCCGGGUCUUCUAGACCGCUCCACCUUAAGCUCAACUGCCUUGUGUUGCGCGAACAUCGCAACAAUAUCUUCUCGGUCUACAUUCGAGACACGGAGAACGUCGCGGACCUUAAAUACUUGAUCAAGGAAAAGAAGAGGCCAGAAUUUGAUGAUAUUGCCGCUCAUAGACUCAAGCUACAGCAGAAGGUCAACCUGCCUGUCAACGAGACGCUCAAAUACUGUCUUGACAAUCUUACACCAGAGCAAUUCUUAUCACCUGUGACUAAAUUGCUCAAAGUUUUUAAAUAUCGACCCGACGAAGAACACCUGCAUAUUGUUGUCCAAUCGCCGCAUACAGUUCCUGUGGUGCCACAGAUUUCAGUUGUUGGUCGACGAUUGACUUAUCUCCAGAAGAGCACAGGUCCUCCGUCAGCUGGUGCAAAAUUGGCCACAUUCUCUGCAACACAGGAGAAGGAAGAGUACCUUUGCAAUCGUCCUCGCAGAGCCGCGGACUCUCUUCCAGUUACUCUUCUUGAACGUAUCUUCGCCGAAUUCGUGGAUGAUUGUCAAAAUUAUCAACCAACUGCCUACGAUAACGACUUUGUUUUGCAACUUUCGGAAAAUAUGUCCUCCUUCUAUCCCGAUGAGCUCACGCGGAUGAAUGUAUUCAGACAGUUUGUGCAGGUGAUAAUAGAGGGGAAGAACGAGAUCGGAAGCGGCGGUGCCGAACCAUUCGCGGAGGCAAUGUUGCACUACCGGAAGUUUAUGGAAAACUCGCAGAUUGAGAUAGUGAGGCUCCGGUCUGUGAUUCCAUGCAUCCAUAUCAUUGUGUUCGGCGCCUGCAUUGGCUUUGCUGGCUCUGUUUUCAUCGAAAAGGUCCAAUUGAUGGCGGCUCGUACUUUCGGAGCUCUGAAAAUCGCCACCGAGAAACUCGGAAAGCUGUACUCCCAACCAAUUCCCCUCCUCGAAGACGAAGAUGCAUCUCUAGGAUGUCCUUAUCCUCGGGAUUAUACCCAUUCAGGAGAUCACAUUCAGCAAUUCUCGUAUGAUGAAACUCAGAGCCUCAGGGAUCGACUUAUCUUCUUCGGGAAAACGGUCGGCGAUGUGGCUGGGAGUGGGAGAAAGAUAUGUAUCAAGUUCGUCAGGCACUAUUCACGUGAGGCCCACGACUUCUGUGCGGGAAAAGGGCACGCUCCGAAACUUAUCGCCUACAACACUUUAGCCGGUGGCUGGAAUAUGGUGGUUAUGGAUGUGCUUGAUAUUGAUGAUGGUCGCUCUGCGCAACGGCCUAGCUCAUAUCGAUCGCUGAGUGCGAUGGCUGUUUUGGACCGCCAGCCGCUGAAGGAGGCCAUCUCAUCUCUUAUCAAGAAGUUACACGCUGACGGCUACGUUCAUGGCGACCUUCGGGAUAUGAAUUUCGUUGUGAGGGACAACAAUAAAGACUUCAUGCUGCUCGAUUUCAAUUGGGCUGGACUGACCGAAAAGGCCCAUUAUCCUAUGUAUGUUAAUCGGAAGGAUAUUUGA